AAUCCGUGUCCAUCGAAAUAACCCGUUUCGCAUCCGUAUUCGGUAUUCCGUGUUCAGUGUUCGCGUCGCGGUUCGUUGAGCUGGCAGCCAAAACUGUCGGUUUAGUUGCGCCAUCGCCAUUAUCUAUAUGCCAACAUAGCAGAACUCGGCUGCAGAUUGCAUCCCAUAUCCGCGGAACGUGUCGCCAUCGCCACCGCUGGCCAUGUGAACUGUAAGGCAAACAAUUUAAAGUUGUAAAAAUCAAUUAAUAACCAAUGAAUAUAAAUCCGAAAAGCAAUUAAUGUGAACGAAGGAAUUUAAAUAAGUCCAUAACUUUAACGAUACAUAUCAAUGUUAGUCUGAUUUUCCAUUAAUACCAUUAGCUUAUUAAAUACCCAUAUACACGGCAAAAUAUUUAAAGUGCUAAGAUUCUUUAAAAAUUACCAAGUUUAAAGCAGAGCCUAGAGCAAUUAAAUCGAUUUGGAAUUCUUAGAAAACAAGUGAAGCGUUGAAAACGAGACCCGGUGGCAAAAUAAAUAUUUAAUUAAAUCGACUGUGUGUGCAAAAGGAUGCAAUUUAAUUGAAUGGAUAUAACGAAUCACGCGAGUUUUCCUGAAAAAAAAACCUCAAAAACACGCACAUCCGUGUCGCGCCAAAUCGCUUUGUCAUGUAAUGUCUUUAUGUCCUCGAGCGGAUCAAGUGCUUAGGCGAUAAGGAAAAGCAGCUGGAGCGGCUGGCUCCUUUACGGAUUUCCGGAUUAUAUGCAUAAAUGAAAGCACGCAUGCCACGGCCGUAAGCCAAAGUUUCAAGGGGCCUAGGAUUCCAUCGCACAGCGGAUUAGCUGCAACAUAAAGCCACACACACGUACACACACACAAAGGUCCUGAAUAGAGGCAAAAAACGCGAAGAAGCAGCAGGAAGCUGGGAUUUGGUGCCCUCCAUGACGUCAACUGUGUGUAAAUGGGCAAGCAAUUAAGCCGUUAACGAUGUGCCCGCUCUCAAAGGCGCCACGCAGGACCUCCAGGACCUCCACGAACUUCAGCACCACCCCGAUCCAGAAAGCGAUAGAACGCCAGAUAGAGUCCUUUACGAGCACAAGCGAACCAAUAAAAAAUGCAUUCAGCCGCGCUGCGUCCAAUGUCGCUGAUUAAUUCCAACUGAACAGUAGACAACGUCCGCUGAUAUCUGGAUUCCAUUUGUACUACAACCAAUGACAACAUGCUGAAACCGUUCGCCGUGAUUAUCGGAAUUUUUUAUUUAGGUUCCACCAUUAAGGGCGUCGUGGCCAUCCUGAACUGUAUCCUAGCACGUCAGCUAUGCUUCGAGGAUCCCUCAUGUUCGGCCAUUUUGGAAAUAAUACCGCGCGUCUGCGGACCCAUUCCAGUGUCCUGCAGCACAGUGACGGUGACCAAGUGUCAGGCUGCCCUGCGCACCCUGCAGGCCUUCCAGUUCUUCCGGCCCACCUGCCUGUGCAAGGAGCCCGGAAUGGAUCCGGACUGCAAUCACUUUCGGGACUUUCUCUUCGAUCAUCCAUGCGGAUUUGUGCUGAAGAAAGCCGAAAAGGAUCCGUACCCCAUUGAUGCCCUACCAACUUGCAACCAUGCACUUUCCGUCUGCCAACAGGAACGCAAAUGUCUAAAGCUCUUCGAGGACUUCAAAACGCAUUGCAAAGUGCGCGACAACAAAUGCAAAAUGGAAAACAGGGACGCCUGCCACGACUCCUGGACCAACCUGCGGCUGUCGCCCAUGUUCGGAUGCAUCUGCCCGAAUAACCAUAUGAAAAAGCGCUGUGAUCGUAUCUUUAAUAUUGUUAAUCACAAUCCGUGCGUGGAUAGACUAAUAUUUUUCCCCAACGGUCUGCCGAAAUUGAAGCAGCCGAGACCGAAAGAAAAGCCGCGGCCAAAACCAAAAGCGAAAUCCAAACCCAAGCCGAGGCAGAGGCACCAUGGCAUGAAUGGCACGGAGCUCAUGACCAACAAUAUCGAGUACCACGACGAGCCCAACGGAUUGAGCGAUCCGGAGGACGAGGCCAAUGAGACCGAGGACGAGGAUCCCGGCGGCCAUGGGGAUGAGGACGAGGACGAGGAGGACGACGACUAUGACGACCGCAUACGAGCCGAGAUUUAUUCGAAUUACCCGCACUACCUGCAUCCGCCGUCGUGGGGCAUCAACAAUCCUCUGGUCCUGGCCUCGCACAGUCCGCACACUCUGGACGACGACGACGACGUGGUGGUGGAGGUGGUGGCCAACAAGAAGCCGCCGCCAGUCACGGUACACCACCACAAUGACGAGCUGGACCACGACGUGGUGGUGGUGGUGGAUGCCGGGCCGCACUCCCACUCGCACCCACACUCGCACACCUUCUACAGCCACGGCGAUCAGAGCUCGACGACGGGAUCUGGACUUCCGGGUCCCGCACCCACGAUUCCCAGCCCACCUAACACUGGCACCAAAAUGCACAAAACAGCACCACUCGGCGAUUUAGUUGCCGGCAGCGAUAUAACCCACCGCACCUACACAGGACCCUCCAUGGACGAACGAGGUGGUCAGGAUGUCGAAGUUGACCUCUCAACGGAAAUAAUCAAGCAACACUUUCAGAGUACCUGUCAUACGGCAUUGGACACCUGCCGGGAAGAUCCGUCCUGCUCAUCGUCGUUGCAGCCAAUGCUGACGCACUGUGAGCUGCACCGUUGCAAUCGCAACGCGUGCAUGUCCUCGCUGCAGGCCUUCUACAAGGGCCCCCACGAGGACCUCAAUCUGGACAUCGCCUUUUGUCUAUGCAAAAAAACAAGCAGCAGCCAGCAGAACGGCAAUGGCAAUCGGCACGACAUGUGCAUGAUUGCACAGGAAAAACUGCAUCCAGUGUGCGCGCAGCGACCGCCCGAUAACAGUAAUCCGGCCACCUCCAAUGGCAUUUACUACCAUCCACCGCCCGCCUGUCACGUGGUCGCCGACAGCUGCAAGGAGGACCGCGAGUGCAGAUUAAAGUUGGAGUAUUACGAGCAGGCCUGUGCGGUGGAUAGCGUGACCAAAAAAUGCGCCGGCAGACCCAGUGGAUGUCGAACAGCCAUGAUUGGCAUUCUGGGCACCAUGUUGAGGACGACCUGUGCCUGCCAAGGAACGGAUCCCCAGCACCUGUACCAGUGCGUUGGAUGGCGGCGUCUGCUGUGGAUGAACCCAUGUGUGGUUGAGGCUCAAAAGGACUUCCAUAUGAAGCGAUUGGCUGAGCUCGGUUUCCUCACCACCACAACAACAACAACCACCACGACGACGACAACAACGACGACGACGACCACGCGGGCACCACCACCUCCGCCUCCGCCCACCACGACAACAACUACGACGACCAGCAUGCAGCCGCGGCAAACGCCAAGGAAGCCUGCGACGCACAUCUUCAAGGACGUAAUAACGGCAAAAGAGAAAUCGGAGCCAACAUCGGUGGAACACAAUUAUCUCGAUCCGCCCGAUUCGAUACCGCUGCCCAGCGUGAAUGUCGAGAGCGGCGGAAAUGGCGGAAAUGACGAUUAUCACAACGGCAACGGCAAUGGACACGGAAAUGGAAAUGGCAAUGGUAACGGCAGACGUAAAAAUGGCGGAAAGGGACGCGGCGGCAGUGUAGAUUUCGAUGAUCCAGUAAUUUUCGUCGACCCAAGGGAAACAACAGAAUUUGUGGGCAUCAGCAUCACAGAGCCGGUAACCACAACAACCACAACAAUGGCCACCACGACAACAACACAGCCGCCAAGAAACUGCGUUGUCCAGCGACCACGUCAGUCGGAUCAACUUAUUCGGGAAGGCAGCAGCAAGCGAAUCUACUCCUUGGACGACGUCGAGUGCAGUGAGCUGUGCAGCUGCGGCGAGUCGCUCAUCCUCACCUGCCACGCCCUCUGCGUGCCAUUCGCCCCGUGCCGCACCGCCCUCGCCUUCUACAGCCACGCCUCCCCCGCCUACCAGGCGUUCCGCGGACGCUGUUUGUGCUACUCGGGCCGCUUCAUCUGCAUGAAGCCGCCGCUCGGGGAGUACAUUCUGCCAGGUGGGAUAUUCCUGCUGCUCGGAUACAGUGCCGCGGAUGAGGCGCUGCUGAGGCCCCACACCAACCUGGGGGUGCAGGAUGCCGUGCGGGCCCUGCAGCAGUACGUAACCACAUACAUCGAUAAUCAGACGCAGUGCACCCUCACGCUGUUCAAUAUGACCGAGGAGAACAUCAUCAUUGCUGCGCGGCUGCCGCACGACGGCAAACUGAAGGAUAUUGAGCUGCUGCGUAAGGAGAAGGACGAGUGCACCGCGAUACUGAAGACCAUCAGUCAUCAAAUCAAUAGCGAGCACAGCGAGCUUCAAUCCCACCGACUGCUGAGCAUUUUCAAAAUGUCCGAAGUCGAGGUCGUUUGGCCCGAGAGCACAAGUGCGGCGGCCAGAAGUGGACAUGGUCCUGGCCAGUUUGCCGGAUGCCACCGGCUGCUCUACGCGGCCAUGCUCGCGCUGGCGUAUCUCUCCAGCUGGACAACGCUGCGUAUGAGCGAUGUGGCGACAUGACAGCCGCAUAGCUGAAGGAUUAGAGCCAGGACAAUUGCAUAACUGUACGUAGUAGAUAUUUGUAGGGUGGGAUAAACAGUGGGAAAUGCGCCAGGCGAAAUGCGAUACAUGAAACGAUAGCGAUUACCACAAACUAUAAAGAUAUGGUGCAUACUCUUAGGCGCCGCACAUGGCAUAGCGUAUUCAUAAUGUGUUGUAUACAUCUAGUGGCUAGUUAUGUGUUUAGCUGCGAUUUUCGUGAAGCUUUGUUGUUGAUCUUUAAGGAUGUUGCUGUCUCUUUUGAUACGUACAUACAUAUGUGAAGCAUUACGGGAUAUACACACAUACAAAGAAAACUCGUAGGACAUACGCCUAGAACUCAUCUAGAUUAAUCUAUAAUUUAAUGUGAAAGGAAACUGCUGUCUACAUAAUAAUAUUGUUAGCCGAUAACAGAGGCACAAUCGAUAGUUGGAUUUGAUGUGGCGUGUACAUAGAAGGCAUAUGCAUUAAGUACUAUCCGUAGCUAGAGUUUUAUACGGUAAAGAAUAAUAAGAUUUCCUGUCCGUCUGUCCAUACAUCAUUAUCGCACCCAAACACACACACCUUGCAUCGCUCUUAUUGUUAGCUCUUUGAGCUCUUAGCCGCCUCAAUUAAAAAGAAUUAUUACCCGCCUUAACUGUGCUUACUUUGUUAACGGAUGUGAGUGCCUCUUCUGGAUAUGCCAGUUCUCUUUUGAUUUUUAAUUACAAUUUAAUGUGGCAUGGCAUCCGCCUUUACGCUUUUCCAUCUGCCUUCUGCCGGGCAGACAAAUAAUAGUCAGGCGUGCGAAUGAACUCAUUUAACGCAUUCACAUUCGCAUUCGCGGCUGAGCGUGCAAAACUUUAUUGUUAAUUUAUUUCAUAGUUUUCCGUUUCGUUUGGAGGUGCGAAAACAAUUACGGUUUCAUUAUCAAUUAUGCGUUAUGCAUUUCGAUUGUUGCCACAAUUUCACCGGGCGGCUUUCACCUCGACCUCGCCUCGUUUCAACAGGUUUCAUUGCUUACCCCGGAAUCCAGAAUCCUGAAUCCUGAUUACCGUUUCAGUUCGCUGUACAUACUCUUACCACUUUGAACUCAAUUUACGUAAUUAAAUACUAACAGUACAUAUCAAUAUGAACACCUAAACGAGUUUUACACGGAAGCGAAAUUCUUACAAUGUCCCUCGAUUGCUCGAAUCUUUUGUACAUAGUUCUUUAUACCACUAUACUAUGCAUAAUAUUUACAACGAUAUACAAGAAACAAAAACACUUGGCUAAACCAAACCCUAUGAAAUAUAAUAUAAAUACUUGAUUCGCGUUAAAACAGCAAAGAUGAAUUGUAUAUCAAACGAAACUUCAGUUGAGCCUUAAAUAAAGUAUGCAAGAGCCAGGAAAUAGCUAUUGUAAAUAGGAAUAUUAUGAACACCUGAGUGAAUGGAAUAUCUUUGAAUAACAGUCGAGUGUUUGACUUAAAGACUCACGCUACUCACGCACUACUCACUUUAAGUCUAAGCUUGACCAUUUGAAGGAAAACUUGUAGCAGUGUGAAAUGUGCGCAUAUUGAAAAUGGUCACAAUCAUGAAAAAAUGUCUUCCUUAAUGCAUAUACUCGGCGAUAUGUAUUAUGUUUAUACACAUUAAUAUAUAUAUAUACACAUUCUAACAAAUACCUAUACGAUAUCUGGCAAACCCCUAGCCUGCGCUUCAGUUAGACGAAAGAUAAUGUAAUAUAGACACCAAGGGCUAAACCGUAUCACUAUCGAAUAUCCUUGCAAUUAUAACACUGUUAACACAAAUUAAAUCUAACCGCAACAUAUCUAAGUCAAAUAUACCCCUAAAUAAAUAAAUAAAUAUAUAUAUAUAUAAAUAAUUAUACAUAUGCGUAAAGUUAUAAACGUUAGAGAGCAUUGAAAACUACUUUAAUAGUCUUUAGAGAAAGCAUCGCUUUAACCUAAAAGUAUAUAGGCAGCAUCAGCAGAAAAGUGUAAAGUUUAUUGGAAACCUGCUUCUAGCUAAAUAUUAGACGAAUUUAAGGCUACCCAAACUAAACACUAACUUAUCGGAGCAGCUCGUAGGUCGCUAGGAAUAGGGAAAAUUAGUAGAAUUGUUGGGGCAUUGGAUUUCAGUUCAUUUGCUAUCCUAUCCGUAUCGUUUGAUGGCCCACGAAUGCAGCAACUAAGUCGUUAUAGUUUCGGAUCAUAUCGCUGGCAGGUCGACAGUAUUGUUUCAUCUCAUCUCCUCACUUUUUGGGGUGCGGACAAAGCGUAGCUACAAUGUAAAGUACCGUUAAAGUAAACUGAUAAAUGAAAAGUGAAAAAAUGAAAAAAUGAAAAAACGAGAACCGAAACAUAAACAAUGAUGAAAAUUGCAAAAUAGUCGCAUUAAUGUAAAAAGGAAGCAAAAUGCAGAAGGAAAACUAGCACUCAAAUAGCAAUCUGUAGCAUGGGUACGUGAAUUUGAAUGGCAUCGUAAUGAAACGCAAAGCAGAGCGAAUACUUUGAAAAUUAUGCAUGAGGAAAACGAAAGCCAUACUUCAAGUUUAAAGCUGCAAGUUGAAACCUACAAAGUAAAUGAUAUAUCAAUAAAUAUACGAUAUGUUAGGAAUGCGCACGAGUGCGUGAUUUGUAAGUAAGCGGGCUUUAUGUUAGCGUAUACAACCGAAUUGAGGUAUAAUGGAUACAGAUAAUUUAUAUAUAAAUUAUGAAACAAUGCAAAGCGAAUAGAAACCAAGCGAUACGUCGUAGCAUAUUUGUAAUAAAAACAAUGUAAGUGAAACAACAAGAAGAACAAAUGCGAAAAAAUAAAGAAACCACAA